AUGCCGAUCACGCGCAUCCGUCGCGCUCGUUUGGACGUCCUCACGCGCGGUGGUCACGACGGAUCGAACGAGCACGCGCGAUGUUUCGCCGCCGACUCGAAGACGAGCGGUGCGUCUGAGCCAGACACGGCGCCGUACGCGAACCACCGCGCGCACGUGGGGGCGUCCGAGCGCACGUGCGCGCAGGUACACUCGUAUAAAUAUCGAUCACCGCCGUCGUCGACGUUCGAGCGGUGGUUUCUCGAGCGGUGGUGGACGCACGUGGUGGAGAAGUGGUGCCCGACGUGGGUGGCGCCGAACGCGCUGACAUUUGGAGGGUUGAUGUUCGUGAUCGCGACGUACUGGCUCAUCUGGGCGAUGAGUCCGAUGUUGACGCAUACCGCGCCGACGUGGACGUACGUUUUGGGGGCGUUGUGCCUGUUCGCCUAUCAGACGGCGGACGGUAUCGACGGGAAGCAGGCUCGGCGGACGAAGAGCGGGUCGCCGUUGGGUGAAGUUGUCGAUCACGGGUGCGACGCGGUGUGCACGUGCGUGUACGGCGUCGUAUUCGCGGAUUUAUUGGCCGCCGGAGUAUCGACAGACGAGGGGAAAAUACUCGCGAUUGCCAUCAUGACGGGCGCGCGCGUGUUUUUCACCGUCGACACGAUUUCAAGCACGUACACCGGGCUCUUACCCGUGAAUACGCUGUUCGACGUGCAGGAGAUGCAAAUCUGCCUGCAACUGAGCAUGCUCGUUUUCGCAUACGUUGGCAGCGAUGUGAUGAACUCGGUGCAGAUCGGGAUUCCACUCAUUGGAAACAGAGGCGCCGUUCGCACGUUCUUUGACGUGGCGGCCAUCUUCGGUGCGACGCAGCGUGCGAGAACCUUCUACAGGACUGUCACGGCGAAGGAUACUCCCCCACAUUGGCCAAAGUACCGCAGUCCAACUCGUAUCGCGAUCUUCUGCGUGUCGCAGGAGUUGUUUCAUGGAUUUUGCCUGUAUCACGCGCCGAAUCUGCCUCUCGCGCACGCGACGAGUAUGUUUCUGUUCGCCGAGGCGGAGAUGAGCAUCAUGCGAAUCCGCGUCUCCGACCCCGAUUGGCCUUUAUUUAACUGGCUCAACCUUGCCAUCGUUUCUUUGACGACGUGUGUACCCGCCGGAAACAUGUUCUUGGGCGGUAUUCUCUUGGGAGCGACGCUGUUUAUUCUCGUGCACCGAAGCGCCACGCUGUGCGCGCAAGUGACGGGCUGCCUAGGUUUGCAUCCGAACAUCUUCGUUCUUCGUCCGCGUCAGGGUGCGUGA